CAAAGAUACAGGAUGCUAAUCCUAAUCUCAAUGUUUUGCUGGAAUACCGUCGAUGUGAGGAAGAAUAUUUAUCACGUGUAAAAGAUCUUGAAGAAGUAACAUCAAUUCGUGAUGAUUGCAAAAGGCAGUAUGAUGAAUUGCGUAAAUUACGAUUGGAAGAAUUCAUGCAUGGAUUUACUUUAAUAUCUCAGAAGCUUAAAGAAAUGUAUCAGAUGAUUACGCUAGGUGGGAACGCAGAGCUCGAAUGUUGUGAUAGUUUAGAUCCGUUUUCUGAAGGUAUUAUAUUCAGCGUAAUGCCUCCAAAGAAAAGCUGGAAAAAUAUUUCUAAUCUAUCUGGUGGAGAAAAGACAUUAAGUUCUUUGGCUUUGGUAUUUGCACUUCACCAUUACAAGCCCACCCCGUUGUACGUAAUGGAUGAGAUUGAUGCAGCAUUGGAUUUCAGAAAUGUGUCAAUCGUCGCGAACUAUAUAAAAGAUCGCACAAAAAAUGCACAAUUCAUUGUGAUUAGCUUACGAAAUAAUAUGUUUGAAAUGGCUGACCGAUUAGUUGGUAUAUACAAAACUAAUAAUAUG